UUUCCCGGGGCCUGGGCGGAGAGGGAGGAAAACUUCCUGGCUGGGACUCUGGCGGUUUUUGCCUGCCAGCUCUCCGAUCCCGCCUACCAGUAUUGGCUCUUCCCGACCCCUCCCCCGGCGCCCCCAGAGUCCGCCAUGGCCAAAGCCUACGACCACCUCUUCAAGUUACUGCUGAUCGGGGACUCGGGGGUGGGCAAGACCUGUCUGAUUAUUCGCUUUGCAGAGGACAACUUCAACAGCACUUACAUCUCCACCAUCGGAAUUGAUUUCAAGAUCCGAACUGUGGAAAUUGAGGGGAAGAGGAUCAAACUGCAAGUCUGGGACACGGCUGGCCAAGAACGAUUCAAGACGAUAACUACAGCCUAUUACCGUGGCGCCAUGGGUAUUAUCCUAGUAUAUGACAUCACAGAUGAAAAAUCCUUCGAGAAUAUUCAGAACUGGAUGAAAAGCAUCAAAGAGAAUGCUUCUGCUGGCGUGGAGCGCCUUCUGCUGGGGAACAAGUGUGACAUGGAGGCCAAGAGGAAGGUGCAGAAAGAGCAGGCGGAGAAGUUGGCUCGAGAGCACGGAAUUCGAUUUUUUGAGACAAGUGCCAAAUCCAGUAUGAAUGUGGAUGAGGCUUUCAAUUCCCUGGCACGUGACAUCUUGCUCAAGUCGGGAGGCCGGAGAUCGGGAAACAACAGCAAGCCCUCCAGCGCUGACCUGAAACCAUCUGACAAGAAAAACACCAACAAGUGCUCCCUGGGCUGAGGGACAGUCCUUGCAUCCUCCCCACAGUGCUCCCUGGGCCGAGGGACAGUCCUUGCAUCCUCCCCACAGUGCUCCCUGGGCCGAGGGACAGUCCUUGCGUCCUCCCCACAGUGCUCCCUGGGCUGAAGGACAGUCCUUGCCUCGUCCUCACACUGAACCUGGAGGCUAGACUUGAGAGAGGUGGGCUGUGGGGUUGGUUGCACAGGGGAGAAACCAGUGGGACCUAGAGGGGCAGAUGAACUGGUGAUGAGGAGAACGAGGAUGAAGAAAAGGGAGAAAGGGGCAGGGGAGAGGAGGGGAAAGGAAUCAAGGAUGGGAAAGGUGAAAAGGGUUUGAGAAGAGGAAAGGAAGAAUAAUGGUCUCAGGUCCUGAACUGUCCUUGGGUUUAAAGUCAAACAUUACUAAUGUAAAUAUGUUGAUUUCUCCAUUAGUGGUUCAGGUUUAGGGCCCAGAGAGGCCGGCUUAGCACUGCUCUGGAGGUCGCUCACUCAUGGUCUUUGUUAAUAUUAAAGGCCACUGUUUUACACGGA